AUGCGACAUCCAACCACGACCUCUAACUUGCGGCCGCUCUACUUCUUCUUCCCGGCCAAGACCUUGUUCAAAGCCGAUUUGAGCACAUUCCCCGCCUUCUCAAUCUCCUUCUUGGUCAACGCUGCCGUGACGCAGAUCCUCAAACUCGGUCGAUGCUCCAUCAUUUCCUGUGCCCAAUUCCUCUUGGACCUCGUAACCAACACCCCAUUCUCCGCGCACUGCUCGACGACGUCCUGCAACAGCUUCUCCUGUUCUUCCCGCGUCAAGGGUUCAGGGUACAGCUUGUCGUCAUCGCGGAUGCAGAUGUGGAUCAAGGGUGACAUCUCGGCCGAAGGAAUUUCGAUCGGUUUGACCGAAGCCAAAAUCUUGCGCAACGCCGCAACGUUAUCCGGUAGCGGCGCCAGCGGAUGCGCGGGCGAGGUCAUGUUGGCCGGGAUGGAGAGCAUCGAGAUGGCUUCGGACGCUGAAACGGCGAGAAGCGGAGGAAGGGCGGCGGAAAACACAAAGCCGGGCGAGUUGAUCCUCUGCGAGUUCAAAUUGGAGAUCAUCAGCUUGCGGUCCGGUCCGGUCCGGUCCGGGCACCGCGCUCAAAUGAACUUGACUUACCUGAUGAGCAACAACUUCUUUGUUGCCCGCACAGAAGCCACCUGUCGAGCUCAAGCCGUUCGCCAUCGAGCCGACCAACAUGUCCACUUCGGCGGUCUGCGGCGAGCGCGUCCUCAUCAGCGCUCCGUAG